UCUGAAUAUAAAUCAGACACCAACGACCUCAAUCUACUAUUUGGAUGUGUGGCAGGUUGUGGCACGAUGGCAGGUUGUGGCACGAUGGAAGUUUGUCCAGUUGUCUAUAAAAAGGCUAGGGUGGAUUCCAGUCCAGAGAGCAAGCCAGCAGGUCUGCUGUUCCCACAGAAAAACGGGAACACAGGUCCAGAUUACAUGAAAGGGGUUUUAGAUUAUGUAUCCAAAGAGAAUAGACACAAGAUAUUUGAAUUAAAAAAAACAGCUGGCGCCACAUUGAAGAUAGGACCCCUGGAAGACACCAUUUACAGUGAGGAGCCUGACGUAGUGAAUGGGUGGGGAGAAUUCUAUCUUCCUGAGAUAGUAAGAAUGCAGGUUGUAGGUGUAGUGGAGGGGACCUCCUGCCCAUGGGACCAGCUCGUUCUAAUGAUCUGUGAGGACGGAAAGCUGUAUGCCUACGAUGGAGCGAAGCUACAUUUGGUGGCUUCAAGCAUGGAGCAGCUAUGUGAAGAGGGCAUAAGCUAUCCAGGAUCCAAGACAUACUACAAAGGGGAGGCCUUCAAAGACAUGACCGAGAAAGACUGGGAAAAAGUGUGGAAGAGCCGUACAGGGAGGGCGCUGGUACGAGAACAUCGUAAACAGGUGCUGGAACACAAGGCCGAAUGUAUGGAAUAUCUCAGAGUCUCAGCUGCAAAACAAGAAUCCCUUGGCAAGCCCCAGGUCAGUCGGUGACAUCACUUUGGCCCAACAAUGCUCACUUGAGUAAACUCUAAAGAUAGUGUAAUUUUCAAUACUGGAGGCUUAAUUAAAAGAUGUCUGUAAUAUAGGCCUACAUUACUGAUAUGUUGUAGCCCAUCUUUUGUGAGAUAUGCCAAGAAUUAGUGUAGAAGUUGUGUUAUUGUUCUAACAGUUCCUAUUAUUAUUUUAAUGGUGUUUAAAGCUCUUAAUGGUUUGGCACCCACUUAUCUCACAGAGUCACUCUCGUUUUAUGUCCCUGGACGAGCCCUGAGGUCCUCUUCAGCUGGCUUUUUAAAUAUCCCUAAAGUCCCCCAAAAUAAAAUGGGUGAGGCCGCUUUUAUCCACUACGCUCCAAAACUGUGGAACACCCUACCAGGAAAUAUCAGAGAGGCCAACUCAGUGGACAUUUUUAAACGCCAGCUAAAGACACAUCUUUUUAGAUUAGCUUUUUAUUAGCAACCCCCCACUUUAAAUGUUAUUUUAGUCUUUAUUAUGGACCUACCUUAUAUUGUUUUAUUUAUUUUAUAGGUCUUAAUCUUUGUAUCUUUAUUUCUGUUGUACCUAUGUUCACUUUGUUUUAUGGGGUUUUAUAUUUUAUAUUGUUGCAUCGACUCAGUUGUCUUGUGUCUAAUCUGUCAGAGAGAAACCAUUUUUUAUUUUAUUUUAUUUUUAUUAUCAUACAUUUGACCUCCUUGCGUCUAUUAACCUGAUAACUUGUCAUAUUUUGCUGCAUGCACCUUCUAAAGUCCAUAACAAAUAAUCUGAGGGGAAUUUCUUGUUGUUUGUUUUUAACUUGUGAUGUGUCAUUUUGUAAAGCACUUUGAGCUGCACGUGUUGUAUGAAAAGUGCU